AUGAGCUUUUUCACAUGGGGAUGCCUGUGGGCUGUACUCCCCGCAUGUGCUGCAAAUCUCAUGAUCUGGAACGACGGCUACUGCGACAUGGCGGUGCAUCACAAUGGCACAUUGGAAAAGUUGGUGGUCCAUGCGCAGACUGCACAGAAGCUCAUGGGCUUCAAGGGGCCUGCUGAGCUGCACGUGAGCAAGGUAGGCGUCCAGCAGGCUCCGACUGGAGUGGGGUAUCGCUGGGAUGUAAGCAAGGGGAAUGCGGAGAAGGUCCCCGAUUUCUCGGGUCGCUGGGACCUCUUCCACGAGCUCCACCUCCCUGCGAAAGGUGGAGCCUUGACAGUUGUGCUACUGCCAGCGCUGUUUGCGCUGACACUGGCAGCUUCCCUGGCCACGGGUGGGACAACCAUCGGACCACUGGAGACUGCCGUCUGGAUUGCAACAACUGUGUAUUUCUACGUUCAAGGUCUGGUGCAUGUCAUUCGCCUCAGCAACUCAUACCACCGAUAUUGCAUUGAAGUGGGUCUUAACACUUGCGCUGUUCACGGCGAUCGCGUCUGGGGACUCUACGAUGACGUACCGUGGUUCAGCCAUGUCUUCGGCGGGCGUCGCUGGGAUCGAAAAGACUUGCAAACCCGUGAGCUGGUGGCCAACUUCCCAAGCAUCCUGGCCUUUGUCGUUGGUUACCUCGUGGUGAAGGCUGCCUUGAGGCAGCUGAAGCAACCGAAGCUGGAGAAGUUGGCCACCUUGGCCCUGGGCGCUGGGUAUGUGGCCUUCCUGCAUGAGUUCAGCAUCCUCCAGCCUCUAACUUAUGCCUUGCUGAACUACUUCCUCACAAGGUUCUUGGCCUCACGCUGUCGGCCAGCAGUGGUGCCUGCUGCUUGGGUUUUGGGGAUCCUGGCUCUGGCGGCGGCCGGGAAGGAGCUUAGCCUCGAGACCCUGCUGUGCUUUGGACUCCGUUCCAAGCGUCUGAGACCCCUGGCGCGCUGGGGGCAGUGGAUGGACCGCUUCCGUGGGGAGCUCUCCUGGUUUAGCGUCCUCCGCUUCUGGGUCCUGCGCUGCAUCAGCUGGAGCGUGGACUUUGCACGUAGCCUCAAGGCCUCCGAAGCUACUGCUGGGAGCCAAAAGGACAUGCCACAAGCACGAGACCACAACCAGCGAGCUGAGCAUGCGCGACCCCUGCAAGAAUACCACAGCUUAUGGCUCUACUGGACAUAUCUGCUCUAUGCGCCCUUAUACAUGACUGGGCCCAUCAUCUCCUUCAAUGCCUUUGCAUCCUAUACGGAGCGGCCUCAGCGUGAGAUUUGGGGCUGGGCUUUGGUGAGAUACUGGCUACGAUGGCUGUUCAACACCUUUCUUUUCGUAGGAUUUGGCCACUUCCUCUAUACCUCUGCCCUGGCCGUAAACGGGCCACUGCCUGGCAGACGAGAUAACAAGGCCGUAAUCUUCGACAAUCUCUUGAACUUUGGCCUGGAGGGUGAGACGAUGAUCUGGUUCUCUUUCUGGUCUCUCAAGGGCCUCUGGUUUAAGUUUCUAGUGAUCUGGCGUUUCGCUCGAGCGUGGUCUUUGACGGAUGGUGUGGCUGCCAUGGAGAACAUGGAAAGGUGCAUGUGCAACAACUAUUCAGUCAGAGAUUUUUGGCGGGGCUGGCACCGCUCCUUCAACCGAUGGCUGGUACGCUACGUCUACGUUCCCCUUGGCUCCAAGUCUCUCCUUCGACAGCUUGGAAGCACGGUGCUGGUCUUCACCUUUGUAGCAGUCUGGCAUGAACCGACCUUGCUACACUUAGCCCAAGAGGAGCAGAGGCUGCUGGUUUGGGGAUGGCUACUGGCCCUUUUUGUAGUCCCAGAGAUCCUGGCCGAACGCCUCUGCAGCGUUCCUCCCUGCAAGGCCUGGCUUCUGGAGCACCCCGUGCUUGCCAGGCACUUGAGAGCUUUUGGAGGUGCCUGUGGCAUACAGAUGCUGAUUGUAGCCAACCUUGUGGGCUACUCCUAUGGCCUGAAGGGGAUGGGCUACCUCCUCGUGACGCUGCAGAAUCCGAGGAUGUGGCCCUUCCUCUUCUCCUUCGUAGUAUGGCUCUUUGGGAAGACGCAGCUGAUGCUUCUGAUUCGGCAGCGGGAUUGGGACAAGUCCAGCUCUGGAGAACAGGAGCAGCGCGCGUUUGAGCGCGAGGUUGCUGUUCUCAUGAGGACUCGCCAUGAAAACCUAGUCCAAUUUCUGGGAAUCUCGUCGAUUGAAAGGCCCUUCAGGAUCAUCACUGAGUACUGCGCAGGAGGCUGUGUGUUUUCCUUGCUCCACAACCAGGAGCUUCUCCUUUCCUGGUCGCAGAAGCUGCGAAUCUGCUUGGACGUCGCAAAAGCGAUGAAGUAUCUACAUGAGUUCAAUCCACAGGUCAUCCACCGGGACCUGAAGUCUCUGAACUUGCUGUUGACCAGCCCGGUGAAGAGACAGGAGGAUGUGCCCUUUACCAAGGUUUCCGACUUCGGUCUGGCCCGAAUCAAGUGGCAGGCACCAGAUUCCAGCUGGGGGAAGAUGACUCGUGCGGCAGGAACCUGCCAUUGGAUGGCUCCUGAAGUCUUUGUGAGCCACACCUACGACGAGAAGGUGGAUCUUUACUCCUUCGCCAUGAUCCUGUUUGAGGUCAUCUGCCAAGAGAUACCCUUCGAGGAUCAAAACCCAACAGAGAUAGGCCGACUGGCUGUGAAAGGCUGUCGCCCAGACCUGGCUUCGGUGCCGGAGGAGUGUCCGGAGAUCCUGUGCAAGCUCAUGCAGUGCUGUUGGGCCGGGACGCCAGCAAAGCGGCCUCCCUUCUCAGAGAUCCUUCCCUUGCUGGAGCAGGUGGAGUUGCCAGGAGACAGGGUCAGAGCUUAG